ACGAUACUGUUGUUUAUAUAACAAAGCGUUCCAUGAAUUUAAAAUCAAAAUUGAUAUCAUUUCUUAUCGGUGACCCUAAAGAUUAUUUAAUUUCACGUGAAAAUUGCAUCGAACAGUGCUUUCAGCAAUUAUAAGUGAGAAACAGAUGAUUUUACAUAAAUCCUUAAUCACUUGGUUGCCAGAUAUAUUUCUUGUAAGAUCGAUUGACGCUGUCGGGGAAUACCCAAUCGCGAAAGUUGAUUACCUUCUGCGCAUUAAUCUACAGAUGCUUUGGACAGCAGGCUUGUUCCCUUUUGCAGAAGCGUUUAUUGUGCUCGAAGGUAAAGGAGUACUAUACGUCUGGCUCUCGGGUUCAAUGUCAAGACAUGUACCUGAGAACCCGAGAACCACGUUCAAGAUUCACAAUGUAACUACAGUAAAGUGUGCUAAUUUUUUUCCCCACUUGUUUCCAUUAAAAAACAGAACAGGCUUGUGAAAUAAACAAAUGGUGGUUCACUGAAAAUCCCAUUUCUUUCGAACGUUCGCGUCACCGCGUGAUUGUAACUCCAUUCGUCGAAGAGUAUUACGUGGG